AUGGCCCCUAAAGACGUGUACACCACACUCCGCGGCCAACUGGGCAAGGACAAAAUCGCAGCACCGCGGCCGGGCGAGCUGAAGUACUUGACGGCCCAGUCGGCAGCCCUGGUCCCCGCUGUCCAAGUAUUCCCGGAAGACGCCAAAGACAUCGCCACCAUCCUCCAGACCGCGCGGGAUCAGCAAGUCCCAUUCGCGGUGAAAGCGGGCGGACAUGGCGUCUACGCUGGCGCAUCGAGCAUCCAGGAUGGCAUCUUGAUUGAUCUGAGCAGGAUCAACUCGGUGAAAGUGGCCCCUGAUCGCAAAUCCGUGUUCGUCGGCGCAGGGGCAAAGUGGGGGGACGUCUACGGCAGACUUGACGCGCUGGGAGUCAGUGUGCCUGGGGGGCGUAUAUCGACUGUCGGCGUUGGUGGUUUGACUCUCGGAGGAGGCAUCUCCUUCGCAGCCAGCCGGCGUGGGCUUGCGUGUGAUAAUGUCAAGAGCUACGAGCAGAUCGUCCUCGCCGAUGGCAACAUCGUCACCGCCACACGCGCAUCCCAUCCCGACCUCUUCUGGGCCCUCCGCGGCGCGGGCACGAAUUUCGGGGUCGUGACGACAUUCGAGUUCGUUGCGUUCGAGCAGGGCCAGAUCUGGGGCGGGGUGAAACAGUAUCUCGAAGACUCAGAGGCGGAGGCGGUCGCCUUGCUGGACCAGUUCUGUAAAAGCCAGGAUCCCUCUUCGUCAUCUGCAGAUGUCUACGCCGAGGCCUUCAUCAUCACGGCCUACGUCGCGCCGAUGGGCAAGUUCGUCACCACGGCGGUUCUGUCCCAUGGACAACCGCGGGAAGAUCCUCCUGUGUUUGACGGGUUCAAGGCCUUGCCGUCGAUUGCGUCGUCGACCAGGGUCCGGAGCAUUGCCGACUUGUCUGUCGAGUUGAAUGCGAAUAAUCCCCAUGGGCUGAGGCAGAGAUGGCCGAUUGCUAACAUCCCGGCCAAAAGGUCGAAAACACUAGCGUUGGCGGUCAAAAGCGACGUCGUCGUCCUCAACGAAGUCAUGGAGAUUUACAAGGACAUUAUCAACCCACACAGAGAUACUAUCAAGGACUUUGUCCCCGCGAUCUUGCUACAACCUCUCCUUCCGCGAAUGCUUCCGGCGGACGAGACCGAGAAUCCGCUGGGCAUCAGCAGGAAAGACGGACCUCUAUUCGACCCCUCGGACGACGAUCUCGUCGAAUCCCUCGCGCGGACAUUCACCCAGCGCGUUACGGAGACGGCGACAGCACAUAACAAGUUCCACCGGUACGUCUACCUUAACUACGCGGCGGGCGAUCAGGACGUGUUCGCCAGCUACGGAGAGGAGAACCUAGCGAGACUGGUGCGGGUCAGCGAGAAAUACGAUCCACAGGGUGUCUUUACGAGGUUGAGGCCCGGUUACAUCAAUUUGGCGAGGAGUGGGCACCGGAAACGAGUGGGCGAUCCGAUGAUAGAGCAAGACAUUGAGGUUUUGAGCUUAAAGAAUGACUUUCAAGAAGAGAAAAGGUUGAAAUAUCCACCCCGAGUUUAA